AAAGAAAAAAAGAAAAAUUAAAAAAAAAAAAUGAGACAUGCAAUUAAUAUAUAUACAUACUACCUCUGCAAACCAGUAAGCUUAGCUUAGAUUUAGCUGCUACUAGUAUUACUUCAAUUCUGCCCAAUAAACUUCCCUUCUUUCUUUCUUUUUUUUUUGCCUUUCUGCAAGAAAAAAGCUCUGUUUUUUUGCUACUUUUUUAAGGCUUUCUUCGCCGCCUUUGUAGUAAUCAGAGAAACUUAUAAAUAUAUAAAUUUCACACAAGAGCAUUUAAGUGAAUUGAUUGGGGUUUCCAGUAGGUUUUUUUAAAGUGAAUUGAUCUUUACAAUUAUUUUCUGUGCUUGCAUUUAUUCACUUGAAAUUUUUGAAGAAAAAAAAAUUGUUUCUUGUUUCCUUUUCACUCUGCUUUUUCACUAUAAAUGAACUGGGGCGGUUGCUGCAAAGAGAAUUAAAGGAAUAUAAUUUCAAUUACAAGAUAAGUGUAUUCUUCUUCUUCUUACAGAGAUCUGGUUUCAAGAAAAAGACAUCUUAGUACUACAAGAAAUUGAUAAUGUUGGCUCAGAAGCAAGCAGAGGAAGCAAUUGUCCCAAAUUUCAAUGAAACUGAUGGAAGCUGCAGCAAAGAAGAAGUUGAAAAAUUAGAAGAAGAUCAAUCACUUUUUAAUGUGAAGAGUUUCCUCUGGCAUGGUGGCUCUGCUUGGGAUGCUUGGUUUAGUUGUGCUUCUAAUCAAGUUGCACAAGUGCUAUUGACAUUACCAUACUCUUUUUCUCAACUUGGUAUGGUAUCAGGCAUAGUACUACAAGUCUUCUAUGGUCUUCUUGGUAGCUGGACUGCCUACCUCAUCAGUGUUCUCUAUAUUGAAUAUAGAAGCAGAAAAGAAAAAGAAGGUGUUAGUUUCAAGAAUCAUGUCAUUCAGUGGUUUGAAGUGCUUGAUGGACUAUUGGGACCAUACUGGAAAGCAGCAGGCCUUGCAUUCAACUGUACUUUCCUUUUGUUUGGAUCUGUCAUACAACUAAUUGCUUGUGCAAGUAACAUAUAUUACAUCAAUGAUCAUUUGGACAAGAGGACAUGGACUUACAUAUUUGGAGCUUGUUGUGCAACAACUGUUUUCAUUCCUUCUUUCCACAACUAUAGAAUUUGGUCAUUUUUAGGCCUUGGAAUGACUACUUACACAGCAUGGUACUUAACCGUUGCGGCUCUUGUUCACGGUCAGGUUGAAAAUGUUCAACACACUGGUCCAUCAAAGCUAGUGUUGUAUUUCACUGGUGCUACUAAUAUUCUUUACACAUUUGGUGGACAUGCUGUUACUGUGGAAAUUAUGCAUGCAAUGUGGAAACCACAAAAGUUCAAGUACAUUUACUUAAUAGCCACAUUGUAUGUUUUCACCCUAACACUACCAUCAGCUUCAGCAGUUUACUGGGCAUUUGGUGAUCAACUUUUAAACCAUAGUAACGCGUUCUCACUUCUACCUAAAAACGCAUGGCGCGAUGCUGCUGUGAUCUUGAUGUUGAUUCAUCAGUUCAUCACGUUUGGAUUCGCGUGUACUCCGUUGUACUUUGUGUGGGAGAAAGUUAUAGGGAUGCAUGAUACAAGAAGUAUAUGCCUUAGGGCAUUGGCUAGAUUGCCUGUUGUUAUACCAAUAUGGUUCUUAGCUAUUAUUUUCCCAUUUUUUGGACCUAUUAACUCUGCAGUUGGGGCUCUUUUGGUUAGUUUCACAGUCUACAUCAUACCAGCUCUUGCCCAUAUGCUCACUUAUCGAAAAUCAUCCGCUCGUCAGAAUGCAGCUGAGAAACCACCAUUUUUCAUGCCAAGUUGGACUGCUAUGUAUGUUAUUAACAUCUUCAUAGUGAUCUGGGUUUUCAUCGUUGGAUUUGGGUUCGGAGGUUGGGCUAGCAUGACCAAUUUCGUUAGACAAGUCGAUACAUUUGGCCUUUUCGCGAAAUGUUAUCAAUGCAAACCUUCACUUCCACCGGCAAGUUUACCACCACAUCCGGUGCCUGUCCACCACUAAGAAGUUGACCUAGAUCCCACCUCUACGCCAAAGGGAUGUCGGAAAAUUUCAACAGUCAAAAAUGUCCUUAGACUAUAUCUUGUGUAUUAUAUACAUGGGGUUGUAGCAAUACUUCCCUUACAUGUGGUGUGUCAAAUUUUCAUUUUUCUUAUUUUUGCCUUAAGUUUAAAUUUUUUUCUUACAGCAAUAUUAGAUAUAAUAGUGUGUUAAAUUGUGAUGAAUCCUUUGCUAUCAAAAGCAUAGGAUAAUUAAAUCAAUAUGUGUUAGCUUUUGAAGUUCUUUUCUUCCCCACUUUUGGUGGAGUAGUAAAUGAUUGUUGUUAUAAAAUAGGAUUUUAUAUA